AUGUCCACCUUUCAGCCAAACACGUACGCCGCCAACACGGCCUUGGUGAUUGGCUUGGUGCCGGGCCUAGUGGGCAUCAACGCGCUGCUCCGACCCGGCCAUGCGCUCUCCCUCAUGGGGUUCCCGAGCGCCCCAGAGGCCGGUGGCCGAAAAUUGUCGCAUUCUCUCGUUCAGAUGAUGGCCUCACGAAACAUAUCAAUGACCCUGACCACCAUCACUCUGUGGUUCGUGGCUGAUCAAGAGACCUUGGGAUAUGUGAUGCUGGCGAAUGCUCCAAUCGCACUCAUUGACGGCUUCAUCAGCCGAUGGCAGGUUGAAGGGAUGGAAUGGGGGCAUUGGAUAGCUGUUCCGAUCAGCGUUGGUUUGGGCGCUCGACUUAUUGGAUGGAUUUGA